AUGUCAUCAGAAGAAGAAUUAAUCAACUUGUUCAACAAAGUUGGAUUGGGAGAAAAGAAAUCCCAAGAAAUUAUUAAAAACAAAAAAGUAUCUUCUUCACUUUAUGAAAUCUUAACCAAUGAAUCUUCUAGUGAAUCUUAUAAUGAUAAACAAUUGGCGCUUUUACAUCAAUUAGCAAUUGAAUCUAAAGGUGGUAUAAUCCCCAAUCGUAAAUUUAUCACUGAUGCCAUUUUGGACGGACGUAUCAAGACAAAUUUACAAAUCCUGGAAGCUGUCAAAUAUUUGAAAUCUACCACUGAAGGAGCUGAUGUUUCCUUGGAUAACUUCAAUGCUGCUUCUGGUGUAGGCAUUGAAUUGACUGAAGAAGAUGUCAAGAAUGAAAUUGAGAAAUAUCUUAAUCUGAUUAAUUCAGAAUUGGAAUCAAAAAGAUAUUCAAUCUUACCUAAAGUAUUAGGUGAAGUUAAAAAAUUACCAAGUCUUAAAUGGGCAGCACCAAAUUUGUUCAAACCAACCAUUGAUGCAUUAUUCUUAGCCAAAUUAGGUCCAAAAGAUGAAAGAGACGUGGUUAAGAAGGAAAAGAAACCAAAAGCUGCUUCUAAUGCCGCCACCAAAGCAAAAACCACCACUGCUGCCGAACCUGAACGUUCUAUGUUUUCAGAAGGGUUCCUUGGUGAUUUACACAAACCAGGAGAAGAACCACAAAUGUAUCCUGAAUUAUUAAAGGCUCAUAAUGAAUUCACAAAGGGAAAAGUAUUCACUCGUUUCCCACCAGAACCUAAUGGAUUCCUUCAUAUCGGACAUUCAAAAGCUAUCAUGGUUAAUUUCGGAUAUGCUCAAUUCCAUGGGGGUCAUUGUUACCUUAGAUAUGAUGAUACUAAUCCAGAAGCUGAAGAAGAAGUUUAUUUCAGAUCUAUUAAGGAUAUGAUUGAUUGGUUGGGUUAUGAACCUUGGAAAAUCACCCAUUCUUCGGAUUAUUUCGAUGAAUUAUAUGAAUUGGCAAUCCGAUUGAUCAAAAAUGACAAGGCAUAUGUUUGUCACUGUACUCCGGAACAAGUUAAAGCCAAUCGUGGUAUGAAGGAAGAUGGUACAUUAGGUGGAGAGAGAAAACCAUGUAUUCAUAGAUCUCAAUCCAUUGAACAUAAUUUAACCGAAUUUAUUGCCAUGAAAGAUGGGAAAUAUAAAUCUGGUGAAGCUACUCUUAGAAUGAAACAAGAUUUAUCUUCCCCAUCUCCACAAAUGUGGGAUUUGGUGGCAUAUAGAGUCUUGGAUGCAGCUCAUCAUCGUACUGGUGAUAAAUGGAAGAUAUAUCCUACUUACGAUUUCACGCACUGUUUAGUUGAUUCUUUGGAAAAUAUCACUCAUUCAUUAUGUACCACUGAAUUCAUUCUUUCUCGAGAAUCUUAUGAAUGGUUAUGUGAUGCUCUUCAUGUUUAUCGUCCACCACAACGUGAAUAUGGUAGAUUGAAUUUAACUGGUACUGUAUUAUCCAAACGUAAGAUUGCCAAAUUAGUUGAUGAAAAAUAUGUUAGAGGUUGGGAUGAUCCAAGAUUAUAUACUUUAGAAGGUAUUAAAAGAAGAGGUGUCCCACCUGGUGCAAUUUUAUCAUUUAUUAAUACCUUGGGUGUAACCACUUCAACUACCAAUAUUCAAAUUGUUAGAUUUGAAAGUGCCGUUCGUAACUAUCUUGAUCAAACCACUCCAAGAUUAAUGAUGGUUUUGAAUCCAAUUGAAGUAGUUAUUGACAAUUUAGCCGAUGAUUAUGAAUUAGAAAUUGAAAUCCCAUAUAAACCAGGAGGAAAAGAUGAAUCUAAAUUUGGUUAUCGUAAAGUCAAAUUCGGUAAUAAGAUCUAUAUUGAUUCCAAUGAUAUCCGUACUGAAACUGCCGAUUCGGAUUAUUUCAGAUUAGCACCUGGUCAACCAGUUGGAUUAAUUAAAGUCCCAUUUAAUAUUAGUUAUAAAUCCGCUGAAUUUGAUUCCGAAGGUAAAAUCGUUCGUAUUCAUGUUAAUUACGAUAAUGAAGUAGAUAAACCCAAAAAACCAAAAACAUAUAUCCAAUGGGUUCCUAAAUCCAAUGCUAUUCAUAUUGAUCAAGUCAGGAUCUACAAACCAUUAUUCAAUAGUGAAAACCCUCUGGCUCAUCCAGAUGGAUUCUUGAAGGAUAUCAACCCCGAUUCCGAACAUGUGAUUACCAAUGCGGUGAUUGAAGAUAGUUUUAAGGAAGUUGAAACGAAAUCUCCAUUGAAUAUUGAGAUUGUUGGAAGUGAAUUUAAUAUUAAGGAAAAGAAAGGGUGUAAUACUGUUAGAUUCCAAGCUUUGAGAGAAGGUUAUUUCUGUGUGGAUAAGGAUUCAAAUGGGAAUAAGUUGAUUUUGAAUAGAAUUGUGACUUUGAAAGAAGAUUCUUCAAAGAAGUGA